GAGAAAAGUUGGACCAGAAACAAUGUGAAUGCCUUGAAGAAGUCUUGAGAAGGGUACAGUUUAAAAUUCUGGACUUGGAAGCCAGUCAUCUUGAUGAUGAGUGUGCAGUGGCUCUGUUUGAUAUGAUUGAAUACUAUGAGUCUGCCUGCCAGCUGAACAUCUCCUUCAACAAGAAUAUCCAGGCCAGAGGUUGGCAAGCAUGCUCCCGGCUUGUAAGAAGGACUCCCAACCUGACAUACCUGGAUGUGAGAAGCUGUGACCUUAACGACCGCAACAUUCCAAUAUUUGGACGAGCACUAAAGCUGGGUUGUCAUCUGACAAUUCUUCACAUGGAGAGUAUGAACCUGUCUGGGAGGCCUCUGGUGAUUUUAGUUGCAGCAUUAAAGAUGAAUGAAGUGCUUCAAGAGCUGUUUUUGGCAGAUAACAAGCUAAUGCCCACGGACGGAGUGCAGCUUGGAAACCUGCUACGUUAUAAUCGUAAGCUGAGCCUGCUAGAUCUCAGGAACAAUCACCUGCAGGAUGUUGGUACCAGCCAUAUCUCAGAUGGGUUGGUGGAGCAAGGGAAAGGCCCAGGGUUACGAACCUUGGUGCUGUGGAACAAUGCCGUCAACUACCAGGCCAUGCCUGCACUGGGACGAGCGCUUGCAGCCAAUGAGACAUUGGAAACACUGAAUAUUGGACACAACACCUUGACCAAUGAAGGAGUUCAUUUGCUUAAAGAUGGGCUCCUUAAAACCAACUCCUUGUUGCGCCUGGGACUACAGGGAACCCGGAUAACAGAUGAAGGUGCAGUAGCUCUGGCAGAAUACAUUGCUGACAGUACAAUCCUGCUGCGGAUAGACCUCCGAGACAACGAUAUUAAAACUGGCGGUCUGAUGGCUCUGUCUCAUGCCAUGAGAGUGAACACCUCCAUCACAAGGAUUGACCUUGAUAAGGAACCUAAGAAGGAGUCUAGUAUGAAAGAUUAUGCUGAGCAACAGAGUCUUCUGCUUAGAGACAUCUAUACAUUUCAACAGCGCAACAUUGAGGCAGCUGUCCAGAGAGAAGAGCAGGAGAGAGCCAGUGUCAAACAGAAGUUGGAUACAUUCCUUGCUGCCGGCCAGGAAGAGGCAGCAGAUGAGCAAACAGUGGAAGGUUUACCAUCUGACAGUUCCACUGCUGAUUCUGUGGCUUUACUUGAGGUGGAAAGUGAAGUUUGUGAAACAGAUGUUGAACAGGAGAAAGACAGAAAAGAUGCUGAGAAUAUCAAGACAAAAAGCAUCGAAGAACAGCUAAAGGAAAGUCCGAAUCAGAAUGAACAGUUAGAUAGUGAUGAAGUAGAUUCUUCUAUAGCUAAAGAAGAGAUAAAAAAUCGACAACGACCUAGUAUAUUAUUUCCUUAUCUGGGGCUGCCCCCACAAGCUUCUUUAGACUCUCCGCUACCGACUUCAAGUGUCAGUCCACUUAUUUCUGGGCUUUCUGAAUCAGUUUCUGGCCCCCCUCCUCUACAACCUCUCCGGACAACUCAAAAGGAUUUUCUAACCCUCAAUGUAGGUACAGCGCCAGGAGAAAUGAUUUUAAGUCCUCAGUAUUUUCCUAAGCAAAUAGCUCGCAAAAUUUUCUCGGUCAGUCGCGUCACUGAGGAUUCAUCCUUGUCUCGCUUGUCAACUUCACCAACACCUUCUCAUCCCUUAGCUGCUACAUUCGACCCUCUCAAUGUUUCACCUGUACCUCUCAUUCCUGCAUCUUCUGCACGGUCCUCUUCAUUAUCACCACUACCACCAUCAUCCCCAGUCCUGGUGCCAAGGUCUGCUGCACGAGCAUUCCAACAAUCCAAAGCUGAAACUCGUGUUUCAGUCAGCCCAAGCUCCAUGCUGUUCCAGAAACUGGCUGAAGAGACAGUAAGGCACAUGAUUUCACCGAUCGUUGACAGAGCUGCUAAAGAAGUGCUAUCAGAGAAUACAGAAAAGUUAGAAUCUAAAGACAUUACAACAGCUGUAGGUGCUGAAAGUAAUGCUGUGCCGGCUUUCAGUAACACAUUCAAUACUUCUGCUCUAAAUCAGGAAAUGUUGUUUACGUCUCCAUCUGCAUCUCUUGAUACUACAGGCCUGUGUGAUAGUCAGAUAUCCCUAUUUGUUGGCACGGGGAAUAUAUUUUCUUCAGUUGGCAACAGCACUCUGCCUACAAGUCUCGAAGACUUGGCUGUGAUGAACAAUAUUACAAAGGAUGCACCAUUGACAGAUUUCACAUUAGAAGAAGAACUCUUGCAGCAAAAACGUUUAUUCAUUCCAGAGAAUACACUGAACAAAACACCAUGGAACUCUUUAGAAACAUUCAACAGUAGUUCUAAUACUGAGACUGAUGUUAGUGACAUUUUGACAGGAAUUGGUGUUUGCAGAAGGGACGAGGAAAGUGAAUGUAAGGUUGAAUCACCUGAAUAUGUGAACUUUUCUGAUGAAGAAAACAGUAGUAGUGCUGGUAAUGUAUCACAUUUGGAAAGUGAUAACAUUACCUUAUAUGUGGAUGCAGGUGCUGGUGAUGCUAAACAGACUAAAGACAUCUCUGAAAGAGAAGACUUUGCUGCCCAGUUCACACAGCAGCAUACUGCAGACAUCGACAGUGAUAAUUCCCUAUUGAGUUUGGUUGAUACAUUUGACAGAGAGACCUCCUCUGCCCCCAAAGUGACAGAUAAGCUUGUGAUGGAUGAACUCAUGCCAGUUUGUCUGAACAAUUCCAGCAGCCCUGCUCUGCUUCUACCAGAAGACACUUUAGAAGUCUCUCCUGACAGAUGUGAGUCUUACGGCAACGAAGAACCAAAUCUUUCUUCUUUUGAAGACUUGGGUAGUCUUGAUAUUGGUGCUUCUGGUCAUCAGGAAAAUGUGCAAGUUAAUUCUUCAGAUAUUUCUGUGAAGUCUGCGUCUGCAGAUGUUUCUAGUGACCAUGUAGGUAGCCAUGCUGAUGUACAUAAUUCCAACAGGGACAGUACUGAAACUGUAGACUUCAGCCUGGAUGAAGAGUCUUGGCUCGCCAUCGGGGCGGAAACUGAAAACAGCGCUACAGACAAAUCCAAGCAGUCAACGACACCGCCAGAUUUUUUCACAACCCUGUCACUGAAUGGGCUUACUCAAGAGCUGGCUAGUGCUUUGACAUUGCUGGAUGGGGCAACUUCCUCGUAUGAGAACGAGGAUGAUUCUGCAGGAGACUUGCGACCCCAUGAUGAGUUUGAGAGGGAGCUUGAUGCUAUGCUGGCUUUAGUUCAGAGUGAUCUCCCUUGGCCAUUGAAAGAAUCAUAA